AUGGAGUCCGGAUUACUCACAAAUACUGUGACCGUUUAUCCAGAUAUUCAAUACCAGGAUGUCGGCACAGGCCCACUGCGAUCUACUGCCAAGGACUGUUUUCUGAUUACCGGUGUGCAACAGCCUGUCCAGAUCACAGUCUCUAUUGCAGAUGAAUAUGGGACCUUUGCCUCGCCAGUUGUGGAAGCCAUAUCAAUGGAUCUCUGCUCCAGUGCUGGAGAUUUGACACCCUCAGACGAUGCUUCAGUCUGCAGUCACGGCCAUGAUGAUUUUCCUGUGCUCCCGGAUGACACUCUUAUUCUGUUCCUGCCCCUUCAACACUUUGACUAUGCUGACCAGGCUAAAUGGGCCUCGCUGAUGAAGGAUAUCGAAGUAUGGCUCGUUGAUCAGGUGAAUUGCCAAAUGCAGCUGUGGACAUGGGGACAUGAUGUGUUUUGGCUUGCUUUCAUUGCAGCAUAUCCAUCAUUCCCAGGGGGCUUGUGGCCGAAGUGGGAUUCCCGAAUUCCUUUGGAGGGUACGUUCAUCGAGCAGUGGUUAGAACGGUCGGGUGAUGUUGCUAUGGCGGAGGAUUGA